GUUUUGACACUAAAAGGGCGAAAAAGCGAAAAAGUGGAAUUAAAUCACGAAAAUACAAAGAAGCGACUCAUUUUUCGUCUUUUGACUCUUUUUUUCUUCCGUCUCAGCCUCGCCUUUUCAGCUCUUCGUCUUCGUCUUUCUUCGUCUUUCGUCUCGUCUUUCGUCUAUUCUUUUAUAUUCUUCUCUUCGUUACUGUCUUCUCCUUCUCUACUCUCUUCGUCCUAAUUGACUGCUAUCCUCCCCGCCGAACCCCCACAGACAGCAGCAUCAUGGGCGAGAUGUCCAAGGCCGCCAACAGCGCCGAGAUGGCAAAGCGCAAGAGACCGAGAACCCAGUCCUGCCCGCCGCCCGAACUGCCCCAGCUCGUCGCAGAGCAGCACGUCCCCGUCUCCGCCCAGGACAAGGACAGCAAGCGCCUCAUCGUCGUCCUCUCCAACGCCAGCCUCGAGACCUACCGCUCCUCGCACGGCGGCGGCGGCGGCGGCGGAGGACCCGGACGUGCCGCGAACGGCCGCGAGGAGAAGUACUCGCUGCUGAACUCCGACGAGCACAUCGGCAUCAUGCGCAAGAUGAACCGCGACAUCAGCGAGGCCCGGCCGGACAUCACCCACCAGUGCCUGCUCACCCUGCUGGACUCGCCCGUCAACAAGGCCGGGAAGCUGCAGAUAUACAUCCACACGGCCAAGGGGGUGCUCAUCGAGGUCUCCCCCACCGUCCGCAUCCCUCGCACCUUCAAGCGGUUCGCGGGUCUCAUGGUCCAGCUGCUGCACCGGCUCUCCAUCCGCUCCACCAACUCCGAAGAGAAGCUGCUCAAGGUCAUCAAGAACCCCAUCACAGACCACCUGCCGCCCAACUGCAGGAAGGUCACGCUUAGCUUCGACGCCCCCAUCGUGCGGGUGAACGACUACGUCAAGACCCUGGGGCCCAAGGAGAGCAUCUGCGUGUUUGUCGGCGCCAUGGCCAAGGGGCGAGACGACUUUGCAGACGCCUUCAAGGACGACACCAUCUCCAUCAGCAACUUCAGUCUCAGCGCCAGCGUCGCCUGCAGCAAGUUCUGUCACGCCGCUGAGGAUGCAUGGAACAUUGUCUAAGUAUGCUCUUUAUCUAUACUUACGUAUAUUCAUGCUAACAGUGUGCUAGUUAACGGUUUGUUGUUGAAUGCUAACGUAGGUCGACCAGCAUCUAUCUCUUCAACAUCCGAGGAUACUCGUAUACCACCCACCCACCGACAAAGACAAGAUACCAACACGCAAUUCUCCACUCACCAGUGUUUCCCAGGCCAGAUUGUCCACCAAACUGGCGAGGCUCGAGCCAAUGAUACCAACAUCAACGGCUGCAAAUUUCCAUUUGAUAUGAUUCAUGUACUCUAUCUGGCCUGGGAACGUCUGGCGGUGGGAGUUGUCUACCUGGACUUUCUUUCUUUCUCUUCCUUUUUUUAUUCUUCCUCUCUAUUCUUCCUCUGCACAUUCGGCUUUUUGAAUAUGAUAUGAUGAUGAUGUUGCUGGGUCUCGUUCUGUUUUUGCAACCAAAACACGAACACGGCGGUUCAACAGCCCUGGGUCAACAACAUACACAACUACUCACAACUCACAAAAAAUGGAUUGGAAAAUGGGAAACGGGCAUCACGGCGUUGGAGUGGUCUCUCUCUACUUUUUGUGUACCUAUCUAUAUCUGUCUGUCUGUCUAUAGGGCUGCCCUCCAGCACGUCCACUGAUAUACUACUCCAACUACUCCAACUACAACUACUACAACUUCAACUGCUUCGACUUCAACUUCUUCAACUUCAACCACUGUAAUCUAUCUCACCGCUGCUCGGCUAAAAGUAACGCUGUCUAUAUUAAUAUGAAAAUAACCGUCAUCCGACUGGACCAGCCUCCUCUUCCACCAGAUCCUCACCUACUCCACCACCCGCAAUCCACCCAAGUUACCGCUUCUUCCAAAUAAUAAUCAAACAACAACUCCAUCAGCGGGUUUUACUGAGUUAGCGAGCUAGUGAGUCAGUCAAUGGAGCUGCUGGCAAAAGAAACGCUCCCUCCGACUUGUCCCUCUGCCUAUCCCCAUCCUGACCCCGGCUUCGUCAGGCGUGGAUGCAGGUCGAGCAAGGCCACCGCCUCAUCUUUGCUGCACCUCAAGACCGUCCGCCAGCCAAUAGACGAUGGACAGCCUUAGCCAUCUCUUACUCUCUCUCGAUGCUUGCAUCUGAACUGAAACCCUUGGUCUAUACUCUAUGGAUAACCAGUCAAUUAGUUACUGGGGCGUCUCCGGGCUGCUUCUUACCGCUGUCUUGCUCGCCACGGACAUCGCCAGCCAGACACUGCGCAUCAACCAGCGUACUCCAAACGAGACAUAGACGGCUUAUAGAUUGUCGACUGGGCCAAAGACAUAACGUCGGGCAUUCAUCCUGUUACUAGCACGCCUGUAC